AUACGCCGUUGCAGAGUCUAGUCUGCCUAAUCCGAAGAAGAAGACGAAGAAGAAGAAGAAGAAGCCUAGCUACUCUUUUUGGACCAGGAAGUGCGGUCCCAGAUCCACCGUUACAACAAAAACAAAGUGUGCUAGGGAGCUAAAAAUAGUUUAUCCUUUGGUAACCUGGAAUCAUAUUCGUCUUGACAUGGAGGACACACUCUUCCAGUUAAAGUUCACUUCCAAGCAGCUUGAGAGACUGGCCAAGAAGGCAGAGAAGGAGUCGGAGAAGGAGCAGGCCAAGGUUAAGAAGGCGUUGCAACAGAAGAAUGUGGAUUGUGCCAGAGUGUAUGCAGAAAAUGCAAUCCGGAAAAAAAAUGAAGGUCUCAAUUGGCUGCGCAUGGCGUCUCGAGUCGACGCGGUGGCCUCCAAAGUCCAGACUGCUGUCACCAUGAAGGGAGUGACCAAAAACAUGGGCCAGGUGACCAAAGCUCUGGACAGAGCUCUAAACUCCAUGGAUCUCCAAAAGGUCUCUGCCGUCAUGGACAAGUUUGAAACCCAAGUCCAGAACCUAGACGUCCACACCUCAGUGAUGGAGGAUUCCAUGAGCUCGGCAAUGACGCUGACCACGCCUCAGGAACAGGUGGACGACUUGAUCCACCAAAUAGCAGAGGAGGGCGGCCUGGAGGUGAUGGACCAGCUCAGCCAGCUGCCUGCAGGAGCCACCUCGGUAGGCGCCGAGAGCUCACGGAGCCAGGAUAGGGAAGACCAGCUGUCUCGACGGUUGGCUGCUUUGCGGAACUGAGGCCUGCCCCCCCCCCCCCGAGAGGAGACGGAGCUUCUUAUGGCUGUGUGGAAACAGACGAGUGUAACGAUGGCGUCCGGAGCUGUGUGUAUCUCUAUUGAACUGUUCUUACAAGGAGGACUUAAUGAGCCUAUUGAUUACCAUCCCCCUGCCUGCUCUAUAAUACACACACACACACACACACACACACACACACACACAACACACACACACAGGCUAGAAAUACUACCUGAGAAGGCAUGAAUCCCCCUGGUUCACUCUCCCAUCUGAUCCUUGGAUUCCCGUUUCUGUCCCCCCUGAAUCCCCCCCCCCCCCCCCCCCCCCCCCCUGGAUCUGAUUUGACCUUUUGAGUCCUUUUUUCUGCGGGUUGUCUCCACCAGCACCACCACCUCCUCCUGUUCUCCCACUCAUCAAUUCUCAAACCACACACUUUUGGAUGUAUGCUUUGUAAAAAAACAAAAAAAAAAAAUUCACAAACUGCAUAAUUCACAAUGAUGAAAUUGAAAACGUUUUAGUGAGCAAUUAUAUUUAUUAUAAUGGAGUUUGGCGUUCCUGGCUCUCAUAAGGUGCCGGGUGGGUUAAAGUGUUCUGUCACUCAGAGUUUUCUUGGGAAGAAGGAGACACAUAUAUUUAAUCGGAAAAGAAAUACCAGAUGUUAUACUUUGGUGUUUGGAAAUGUUUAAGUUUAAAGGUAAUCUCUUAGUAACCCCAACAAACACUAACAGCUGUACACAGCAAGGGACAAUCCUCAGACCUUUGGUUUCUCACGGUACACAUGAUUUAUUUUCGUGUUCUGCUUUUUUUUAUUUAACUUUCUUGUUGAUUAUUUCUCAUACCUGUAUUGAGACUUUUUGCUUUCAAUGCCUUAUUUGGGAUGCAAGUGCUUGCAUAGGUGCUCCCCCCCCCCCCAGUGCCUGAAGGACAGUAGUUUAGAAAGCAAAGAGCAGCAAACCCAAACUCUACUGACAUCGGCCAGAAUAGGGAAUUCUCCGUGAAUAGUUUUAUCUUGGUCACAGCUAACUUCACUUCAACUCUGACUGUGAUGAGUGAGCGCUCUGGUUGCCAUAGCCGUCAUGGAGGGACAUAUAUUAGAAGCAUACAUAUUCUAGAAGCUGGAUCUCUUUGAGGUGUCCCCCAGCAACACUGAAACCUCAUUUAGAUAUUUUUCAGAUAUCUUCUCUGUCUCAAAAUGAGUAAUCAUCCCCACCUGGCUUAGUCUCAUCCAAAACACUUCCAGUAGAAGACGUCGGUUAAGAGCAGAGAUGUAUGUGCUGGAUCUUGUUUUUAAUUUUUUUUUACAAGAAUCAAUUGUUACUCCUUGUUGCCUUGUAAACCACAAACAAUGGUAACAGCAUGAGUUAACAGAUUUAGUUCUGUUUUUUGAGAUCCUAGCUCGGUAUGGAGAUGCCUGUUGAGUGAUUUCACUGGUUUCGAUGCUUCCUUCUUUCAGCAUUCACUCUAGAUCUCAGUGAGAGGGCAGGCAGGCCAAAACCAGACCUCAGCCUAUAACAGAGCAUCUUUACCCUCGGCUGGUUUCCAUUCAUUUGUCCAUUUUUACACAAGAAGGGUUUAUUACUCAACGUUUAGCAGACUUUGAAGCACUUUUGUUUUCUAUAUUUAUCUUGGUUAAUAAAAUCUUGCCCUCUGA